CCAAUCCAGCCCUUAGCAGAUGAAAACGUGUACAGAGUUGACCCAAAUAUUCCUUGAAUUUACAAUUCCACCCCUCCUACAACCUCUAUUAAUCCGCCAUUUCUCUGAUCUGAUCCAAAUCUGCAAAUCCAUUCUCCGAAAACGCAGAAUGAAACAAUCCUCACGUGCGCCAUGGAUCGCCUGCUAACUCGCUGACUCAGACCACCGGCCUUUUCACCUUCUUAAUUUCUCCGUAUCCCGGCCACUAAAUCGAUCUUCUUGUCUCUGAUUCAUCGCCAUCGUGGCUAAGAGAUUUGAGGGUUUUUGUUUUGGGUUUCGGAGAGCAUAGCAAAUAUGCCUUCCGUGCCCCUUCAACUCUUGAUGGGUCCUUUCGUUCCUUCAUUGACUUCCUUCCACGGUGGAUCGUCUUCUCAUCGUCUGAAACGUCUCGAAAAGAGUGAUCGGCGUGGUAAUCUUAGUUAACAUUAGGUUCCCCCCCCCCCCCCCCCCCCCCCCCACAAAAAGUUCCUUUUCUUUAGUGAUAUUUCCUGGGGUUUUCUCGUCUCUUUGUGGCCUGCACGAGAUUGCAACCGACUUUGUCGGUGAAUCGCAGAUCGAGAGAGGAUUUAAGAGUUUGCUUCCCCUGGUUUUGGGUGGGGUGAUAACGAUUGCGGAAGUUUGUAGCUUUUUGGUAAAAUUCUAAAUACGCGUUCCGAGUUUGCCGUAGCUCUGAUAUAAUCAUAUAAGAACCUGAUUUUGUCGAUGGACACUGAGUUUUGCGAUUUAAAUGUCCUUGGAGAUGCUCUUGAUAAGUCAUUAAAUAUCCAAGAUGCUCAGGAGACAGAUUCUGCAUCUGAUGGGCAUGAGGGAGAGGAAGACUUGUGUGAAAAGGAUCAAAUAUGCCAAGCUGCUUCCCCUAAGCGCUUAAACAAGUGUGUAACCUUUCCAUCAUCAAAUAUGAUGUUGCCUGCUAGUUCUUCAGAUGAGGAAACUGAAAGAAAAUCACAUGACCUUUUUUCUGAGGAAUCCAAGGAUCAAGCAUACUCCCGAUCCAUAUCUUUGCCUACUCCUUUGAAGCUUGUAUCUGCCCUGAAAGGUAGCCGUGGGAAAGAAGGGGUUCUGCAGGAGAAAUUGACAGUGAAAUGGGCUCCUGAUGUGUAUGACCCAACGCCCACAUCAGUCUCGCACUCAGUCAAAAGCAAGAGCUUGCAGAAGUCUAAGAACAAGAAAAAUGAAAAGAGAAAUGGGAAAAAGGGGCAGAAGGGUAACUGUUCACAAGGAGGCGGUCGCAAAGACAAGAAGCAAACACGCAAAUCCUCCAAAGUUCCUGAUAAAUUUGGUAAUUUUGAAGUUGGCAGCUCCAACUCCUAUUGUGGAAGUAGCUUCCGUCAGAAAUCACACUCCGAGGUGCACUAUUCAGUUGGAGAAGCUUCGUGAGUCACAUUUUUGUUGGAUAUAUCCCAUCUUUUGUGACAGUGUGUGGAUAAAUAAGUAUUCACCUUGUUGGUUUUGUUAGUUUUGAUGGACUAAAAACUAAGUGGAUGCCACAUGCAAAGUUUUGUUGACGCUUUGGUGAUAAGCCUCAAUGACUUGGUUUGAGAUAUUGUGUGUGAUGCUUUGUAAAUAGAGCCAGUUUGAUUUCUAAGUUUGUAUUGUCAUGAGUAGAAUUGUAAUCCAUGUCUUGUUUGUGAUGAGAGAGUUCUGCCUAGCGUUAAGUAUUGUAACAUAUAUUCCUUUUGAUUCCGUAAAAACUGGUACAAUUCUACUUUCA